GCCUGGCCAAUUUCCUCCUGUCAACAGCCCAACCGUGAUUCCCCAAUUUCACUUUUCUCUCGCUGCAUCAUCCCAAAUACAACGCACACGCACCUCGAUAUCUGCAGACACGGCCCAAAUGUCCGGACACGAGGAGUAUGAUGAGUUGGGCGGUGCCGAGGAUGCCGGUCAGACCGGACCUGGCGCCCCGACCCCUCUCCAGGCGCUCGAGGGUGUGGCCGGGCUUACAAAACGCGACAUUCAAGCAAUUGUCGAGGGGGGUUACAAUACCGUCGAGUCAGUCGCCUACACACCACAGAGGAUGCUUGAGCAGAUCAAGGGUAUAUCGACACAGAAGGCAACCAAAAUUCUAGCAGAGGCUUCCAAACUUGUCCCAAUGGGUUUCACCACGGCGACAGAGAUGCAUCAGCGGCGCAGUGAGCUGAUAUCCAUCACUACCGGCUCGAAGCAGCUGGACACCCUUCUUGCCGGCGGCAUUGAGACGGGCAGCGUGACCGAACUCUUCGGCGAGUUCCGAACUGGAAAAUCACAAAUCUGCCACACUCUGGCCGUAACAUGCCAGCUUCCCUUCGACAUGGGCGGCGGCGAAGGGAAGUGCCUGUAUAUCGACACCGAGGGUACAUUCCGUCCGGUCCGGCUCCUCGCCGUUGCCAAUCGUUACGGCCUCUCCGGCGAAGAGGUUCUCGACAACGUCGCGUACGCCCGGGCUUACAACUCGGACCAUCAGUUGCAGCUUUUGAACCAAGCAGCGGCUAUGAUGUGCGAGACGCGCUUCAGCUUGCUGGUCGUCGACUCUGCCACGUCGUUGUACAGAACGGAUUUCCUGGGCCGUGGUGAAUUGAGCUCGAGGCAGACACAUCUUGCCAAGUUCCUGCGCACCCUCCAGCGACUUGCCGACGAGUUCGGCAUUGCCGUCGUCAUCACAAACCAGGUGGUAGCCCAGGUUGACGGAGGCCCGUCUGCCAUGUUCAACCCCGACCCGAAGAAGCCAAUUGGCGGCAACAUUAUGGCACACGCCAGCACGACGAGAAUCAGCUUGAAGAAGGGCCGCGGGGAGACGAGAAUCGCCAAGAUCUAUGACAGCCCAUGCUUGCCCGAAGGCGAUGCUCUGUUUGCCAUCAACGAGGACGGCAUUGGCGACCCGAGCCCCAAGGACCUGGAGAAGGAGUAGGGAAUGAAACUAAACGAACCGGUAGAGGUGUGAGUUUCAGACUUGCAACUGUUAGCUUGACAUGAAUGUCACGAUGCAUGGGGAAUGACGGGAGAGUUGUGAUGCAGCGUAGGAGUUCUUGUUGGGCUUGGGAUUUAGCUAGGUUAUGCAUGAAGGGCUGGCGUUAUUUGGUUAUGACAAAAUGAAUUAUUUAUUUGCUUGAGGAACAAAGCCCGCACCCUUGUCCAUGUUUGAAUGCCCC